GUAGAUAAACGUUCCCAUACACCGAACCGACACUCACACCUGCUUCGCUUCCUGUGUGCUAACAGAUCUCCACCUCCCUCCUCUCUUUUGUAGCUUUCUUCCAAAAUAAGCGAAUAAUUAAUAAGAAAAAAAAAAGAACUAACUCCAGAAUCGCGAUAUAAAUAGAUUCCCAAUUCUUCAAGCAAUUAAUUUCAAGGGAAGGUAGAUUUUCUCCUCAGUCUACAGAGAUCUAGGGUUUUCGAGAUCCUCGAGUUCCAGAUCUCGAUCUCGGUUUCGAUCGGGAAUGAGAUUGAGAAACUGAAGGAGUUGAGUUGAUUGGAGAUUGGAGAUUGGAGAUUGGAGAUUGGAGAUGGGAGAGUUUCAGCUGGGGACCGUGGGAGCGCUGAGUCUUUCAGUGGUCUCCUCGGUUUCGAUUGUGAUCUGUAACAAGGCGCUCAUCAGCACUCUCGGAUUUACUUUUGCUACAACUUUGACAAGCUGGCAUCUUCUAGUCACAUUUUGCUCUCUUCAUGUGGCAUUAUGGAUGAAGUUGUUUGAACAUAAACCUUUUGACCCAAGGGCAGUAAUGGGCUUCGGAGUCCUCAAUGGAAUCUCCAUUGGGCUGCUGAACUUGAGCUUGGGUUUCAAUUCAGUUGGAUUCUAUCAGAUGACAAAACUGGCAAUCAUUCCUUGCACUGUUCUGCUGGAAACUCUUUUCUUCAGGAAGAAGUUCAGUAAGAGUGUCCAGUUCUCACUUACCAUCCUUCUUGUUGGUGUUGGCAUUGCGACUGUGACAGAUCUGCAACUCAAUACUCUGGGAUCUGUCUUAUCACUACUUGCAGUCCUUACAACUUGCAUUGCUCAAAUUAUGACCAACACAAUUCAGAAAAGGUUUAAGGUCUCUUCAACGCAGCUAUUGUAUCAAUCUUGCCCUUAUCAAGCACUGACCCUGUUCAUCAUUGGUCCAUUUCUUGAUGGCCUUCUUACAAAUUUGAAUGUUUUUGCAUUCGAGUACACACCUAAAGUCCUGUUCUUCAUUGUCCUGUCUUGUUUGAUAUCUGUCUCUGUCAACUUCAGCACAUUUCUUGUAAUUGGAAAAACAUCGCCAGUCACUUAUCAAGUUUUGGGUCAUUUGAAAACAUGCUUAGUUUUGACAUUUGGCUAUGUGUUACUUCGAGAUCCAUUUAGCUGGAGAAACAUCUUUGGUAUUUUUGUAGCCUUAAUUGGCAUGAUUCUCUAUUCUUACUGUUGCUCAAGAGAGAGUCAGCCAAAGCCAAAUGAAGCAUCAUCCCAGUCAUCACAGGUAAAGGAGGGCGAAGCAGAUCCUCUACUUGGUUUGGAGAAUGGCACGGUUGGUGAUGCUCAGAAAGGCCCCGUGUGGAGAUCGGACAAAGACCUGCAUGCCUAAGUCUUCUCCAAAAUCUUCUUUCACAACAUUAUGUAAAAAUUGCUGAUAAAAAAAUCGGCUUUAGUUAGGAGGUUGGAAAUGCUGAUGGCAUCUCUGUUAAAGUCUCUUAUAAAGCGAGGAGAGUUGGAGACAAUAUUCUUUUAAUUGAAUUUUUGGUUGCCAUAUGGUGAUGGUCUCAUAUAGCUCAGCUUGUACUAGAAUUUUGUUAUUGAUUUUAAACCAGCUUGUCCUCUCGUUCUGCAAUCAUUUCAAUUGUUAUCAAUUGGAUGUUUAAGCC